CAGCUUGUUGCCUACCCAGAGAAAUAUGAAAUAGCAUGAUAUUCUCCUUAAUGUUUGUAGGCCUUCAUUUAUAUAAACAACUAUGACAGAGGAAUUAGAAUUACAAGCGGUAAGAAAGCAGCAAGCAGCGGAGGAACAGGAGACACAGCGCGGGGGUCCUUCAAACAAUCACCAAGAUGAGAGACCAAAACAAAGAUUAGGCAAGACCAAAGAGCUGUCAGGUGACAUCAGGGACAAGAUAGUGGAUCUGCAUAAGGCUGGAAUGAGCUACAGAACAAUCAGCAAGAAGCUCAGUUUGAAGGUUCCUACUGUUGGGGCAAUUAUUCGAAAAUGGAAGAGGUAUAAAAUGACCAUCAAUCGCCCUCGGUCUGGAGCUCCAUGCAAGAUCUUACCUGAUGGGAUCAGGAUGAUCGUAAAGAAGGUGAUGGAUCAGCCCACAACUACACUGGAGGAGCUGGUCAAUGAUCUGAUGGCAGUUGGGACAACAGUUAGUAAGCAAACUGUUGGAAACACGCUGCGACGUCUUGGCUAUCAGUUUAAGAAAGAUUUUGCCCUAAGAGAAGAUCGCUUUUCAAGCAGCCUGGAGCAUUCCAUUUCCCCCUUCCUAGCCAGCUCCCAUCACUGGGUCUAUGAUGAGAGCCCUAACAGGAAGAUGCUGGAUGACGAUGAUGAUGAUGAUCACAUAGUCUGUUUAUCACAGAUAAAAAGUGAAAUCUCUGAAUCUGAGGAAGAAAAAAAGGAAAAUGUGAAAGGUUUGGAUAAAGCGCCAAAAAUGGAGGAACAGAAACACAGACCUUCAAGUUAACGCCCACAGCAGAAGCAGUGCAUGAGGUCAUGGUAACUAGAGCGUCCAUUUCAUUUUUAGGUCAGGUGUUUUACACAUCAGCACACAAGAAACAAUAUCUGGUCUUUUCCAAGUUCUGAGAUGAUUUAGAUCCAUCCUUAGGAAUACAGAAAAAUAGACUGAGUUUUUAUUCAUUGAAAAAUAAAUCCCAUUGUGGGCUUUAGCAGCACAAACUGCACUGGUUUAUUCUGUAUGUCUUUUUCUCCCAUUGUUUUAUUGUCAUUUCACGGUCUCAAGUACAGAGCAACGAAAUUCCCUUUCUGUAUUUAACCCAUCCCCUUGGGGAGCAGUAGGCUGCCAUCGUUGGGCGCCUGGGGAGCAGUGUGGGUUUAAGGGUCUUUGCUCAGGGACCCAGAGUGGUAGUCUGUGGAAUUGGGGCUUGAACUCAGAACCUAUGGGAUCCAUGUGCAAUGCCAUAGCCACUAGGCAACCAAUCCCCAAAGCAGGUGUUAGCAUGAAGGGUCGUACCUGAGGAUCCACACUGGCAACUCAUUCCCCCUAGCUGGGAUACAAACCCAGGUGUCCUGUUUGCAGGAUUGGUGACUUACCACUUGAUAGGGUUAAUGAUAAUAAACCCUUAUUGUCCUAGAAAUCAGACCAAUGCAAACAGUUACUUUUUUUGCAGAAAAGGAGAGUGACCAGACCGAGAGAAUGAGAUUCCCUGAAAAGUCUGUAGUCAACUCUGCCGGGACCUCUCUUUCU